AUGUCAACAGCCGCUUCUACUGUCAUUUCCACCAUACCCACUCCCACUAAAAAACUAACCAUCCCUUCCCCUUCUAUCCUUUUCUCAAUUCCAUCUUCUUACGCUCCUUCCGUCUUCUCCGCGCCUGUUACUCCCCGACGUAAAAUUGAGAUUUCACCCACUCUUGAUCUCCUUCAGCAACCAUUUUUCUCCACACGUAGCUCACGUACCAGACGUUCAACUCGUACUAUCCCUACUUUGUCCACCUUACCGUCCAUAUCUUCACCCUCAACCACUACAGUCCCUCCUUCCAUCAAUGACGACAAGACCACACCUAGAAAUCUACCUUCAGGUACAACAUCUCCCACUAAUGAUACUGGUUCCCCACCGAAAGGUAUUCUGAAAAAAACGAAAGGUGGAACAUCGGUUCAGUGGAGUUUACCGUCAACCGCAGGGUUUUUACCGACGGGUGAAAUAUCUAUCAAUGGUGGAACUUCUGGUGAUCAAUCGAUGAAAGAUUUUUCUUUGAUUGUUCCAUCAACGAGCAAUCUCGACGGUCAAUCUGAUACGGACAUUCCCGUGGAAAGUGGUAAGAAGAGAGUACGAAGGAAAAUUGCAAUACCUUUUGAAACCAAUUCUGACGGUAGUGUCAUACUUCAUCGACCGAAACGAAAUGAUACUUCGCUAUCCGGUAUCACCAUUCCUAGCUUGGGGUCAGAUAUAAAAGUUGAUGAUUUCCCCACAACUUGUAAAUCCUCCCUUAGGACCGAUCAACAACCAAAAUCUUCCCCCACAAGAAUCAAAAGAAAAGUUUCUUUCCCUGAACUACCAGUAGCGACAGAAUCGGAAGAUGAUAAUCCAGCUGAAUUUCCCAUUGAUGUAGCUACCGUAUCGAAUUAUCAUCCAAUUUCUCAACUAGCGUCUAAAGGAGUCACCGUACCCGUUCCUAUCCCUUAUCAUCGCGUACCCACUAAUUCUCCACGGACCGAAACUUUCGAUACCAAUACAUCUCCUAAUUUGCCAAUAAAUACAAAUGGUGAAACUGGAGUAGGGAAAGUAACACAAGAUGAUGAUGAUGCUGAAACAGAUGAAAUUUGGGUUCCUGAUUGGGUAGCAUCUUGUUCACCUAAAACACAAAUCAGAGUUGAAGAAACAAUGAAAACUUGGAUUAAAAACCAACGUUCAAAAGGAACCAAAGCAUCAGCUUUUGCAUGUGUUUUAGGUGAUUUGAUAGAAACUAAUUUACCUGGUGGAUUGACUCAAGCAGAAAUAAAUGAUUGUACUCGAGCAUAUGGAGAAUCAAUGAAAUAUGAUCCUAUUCCGAAAUCUUCAUAUUCAGAUAGAUCUACAAAUUUCAUGGGUGGAACAGCUCAAACAAAAGUUAAAACUGAUAAAGCUUUGUUUCGACAUCGGUUUUUAGGUGAUGCCGUUACUUUACAUCGAGUUUUUUCACAAUAUCAAAAUGAAGAAGAUGAUCAAGAUGAUGAGUCAACUCAACAUCAAACACAAACACAAGGUAUGGAAUCAACAAACCAAAAUGUUACUUCUGAUAAUCUUGAUCUUAAUACAGAUAAAUCUAAAUCAAAAGCAAAUGAUAUGACAAACUUCAUUGAAUCAAAACAAGCCAAAAAAUUAUUUGAUUUACCAGAAUGGUCAAAAGCUCAAUCAUAUCAAACUGAUAUUUUGAACAAAUUCGAAACAACUAAGAGAUCAUUCACCAAUAAAGAUCGUGAAACUUUAGGUUUGUUAUCAGGUACGAUAGUUGAUAUCACUUUGAAAGAUGAUGAAGAAGCUUUUGGAAAAUUAUGUCAAUCUGCUAAAGAUUUAGAAAGAAGACCUUUUCAUUUGGAUGAAAUUGAUCCUUGGUAUAUACCAGGUAGAAGUUUUGAGACUUUUUCUUUAGGUGAGCCAAUGACUAAGACUCUAACAAAGAGAGGUUCCAGAGUGAUUGAGAAAUGA